GUUCUCCUCCCACCUUUGCCCUGGAUCCUGUCGACGGCGCCUGCCGCUGCCAUGACCUGGAUACAGUCUCUGCUCUCGCUCGGUUGCCUGGCCGCCGUGGUUGGCCGGGUCGCAUCGCUGUCCGGGGUCGUCGAGAACCCCACGGCCCAGCCCUGGAAUGUCUCUCGCCUGGCCGAUCCUGGGAGCAUCGAUGCGGCCUUCUCGACCAAGACGGUGGUUGACGACCAGGGCCUGCAGUGGUCCGUUUGGACGCAUGUACAGUUCACCGACUACGCCCUGCGGGUGACCAGCAACUCAACCCUCUGCGACCCGAAUGUCGCCCAGAUCCACGGCUACAUCGACGUCGGAAUCGGAAAGCAUUUCUUCUUUUGGUUCUUCGAGUCCCGCCGCAACCCAUCCACCGAUCCCCUGUUCCUAUGGCUCAACGGCGGCCCGGGGUCGUCCUCCCUCAUCGGCCUCUUCAUGGAGCUUGGCCCCUGCCAAGUCAGGGCGGGCGGCACCGGCACCACCGUCAACCCGUACAGCUGGAACAGCAUCGGAAACAUCAUCUUCCUCGACCAGCCCGUCGACACCGGCUUCAGCUACUCGGACAAUGCCUCGGCAGCCACCUUCACGAGCGCCGAUGCCGCCAAGGACGUCUAUGCCUUCCUGCAAAUCUUCCUCGCAGCCAACUCGCAGUACCGGCACCUUCCCUUCCACACCCUUGGCGAGUCCUACGGAGGCCACUACGUCCCCGCUGUCGCCAGGGCCAUCGUCGACAACAACGCCAAUGCCACCGCCAACGCCACCUCGGGCCUCCUCCCGAUCAAUCUGGUGUCGAUCGCCAUCGGCAACGGCAUCACCGACCCGCUGAACCAGUAUUCGUCGUACCCGCUCAUGGCGGCCGACACCAAGUACGGCCCCAUCGUGGGCUCGGAUGUGAUUGCGACCGUCCAGGCGGCCGUCCCGACCUGCUUGAACAUGAUCCGCGGCUGCUACCAGACCCUCAAUUCCGGAAUCUGCUCCAACGCAACCGACUACUGCAACACAUAUGUCUUGGACGGCGCCUUCGUCAACAAUCGCAACAUCUAUGACAUGCGUGUCAAGUGCUCCGUUAACGUCGUUGAUUGCUCUGACUAUCCGAUGAUGGACGACAUCAGUACCUACCUCAACCUCAACAGCACGCUCGUCUCUCUGGGCCUGAACCGCACGUUUGUGAUGUCGUCCGACGUUGUGUACAGUCGCUUCACCGGCUCUGGCGACUGGAUGAUGCCCUAUGUGAACGAUAUUCCGCCUGUGAUGGCCAAGGGAAUCAGCGUCCUGAUCUAUGCGGGUGAUGCCGACUACAUCUGCAACUGGAUCGGCAACAAGGCAUGGGUUCUGAACCUGACUUGGCCUGGCCAGAGGCAGUUCCAGAACACCUCCGAUCUGAUCUGGAUCAGCCCGAGCACCAAGCAGCCGGCUGGCGAGAUCCGCAGCUACGACACCUUCAACUUUAUGAAGAUCUACGGCGCCGGCCACCUCGUUCCUUACGACCAACCCCAGGUUGCCCUCGACAUGAUCACCGCUUGGACCAACAGCAGCAAGUACUUUGUGAAGGGCUCCACCGAGCCGUCUGCCAGCGCGGCCUCGGAUCUCUCGGUCUCGAGACGCCAGGGAGUGGUCUGGGCAGCGAUUGCGAUCGUCCUGUCGUCGCUUGUCUCGAUCAGCGGGAUCUUUUAAAGCGCGGCUGGUCGCCCCAGGACACUGCUGCAUUCAAAUGCAAGCAGGCAACGCUCAGCACAGCACAGCCCUUCCCUGGUUCGUUUGAAGGCCCCACAGUCGUCUGUCUAUGCAUAUGUCGAUGAACCUCUUUUUGUUUCAGUUUGUCUCUGCUUUGCAUUUUGUGGUUUGCAUUUUGCGGUUUGCAUUUUGUGGUUUGCAUUUUGUAGGCUGCUCUCUAGGCCCAAGCCACCAUGUACUUUCAACUACCAAAACGCCACUGUCGCUCCACUUGUUUGUCACCACUUGGCGGAACCGCCGUCUGUUGGUUCAAUACUAUCAGGACGCUGUCACUUGUCGCUAUAAGA